AUGGGGGAGGAUGGAAAUGGUGGGAGAUUGCGAGUGGUGGUGGUGCCACUCCCUGCACAGGGACACCUCAAUCAGCUCCUCCAUUUUUCCAGAGUUAUCGCCCAACGAGGAGCAACCGUAUCCUUCGUGGCCACCUCCACCCAUAUUCACCAAGUCCGCAGCCGUGUUCAGGGAUGGGAUCUUCACGACUUCGAUAUUCGUUUCAAGGAAUUGCCCAUGCCUCAUCUCUCAGCUGGAGAGCCCGAUGCUCAGAGCUCUCAUAUGUUUCCUCUUCACUUGACUCCUCUGUUUGAAGCCGUGGAGGAUCAGCUAGGGUCUCAUGUUGAUCAACUACUGCGCACUGUCUGCUCCGAGAACAAUAAUAGAGUGGUGAUAGUCUACGAUACGAUUAUGGGAUGGAUUCAGAGUGUGGCUACCAAAUAUUCAAUCCCUGCCUAUGCGUUCAGGCCCACUGGUGCUUAUUAUAACCUCUGGGUGAAGCAGGUAAGUGAUGAGACAAGGGGUUUGUCCCCUGUUAACAUAUCAGAGAAGCGUUGCUUUCCGGAAAGAUUGCUAAAAUAUUCUAGGCGCCAGAGGUCUAUGCUUGGUGCUGUCAAGGGAUAUAUCAUAAACACAUUCAGCGCACUGGAGUCAGAAUUCAUUCAGCAGGGAAGAGAGGAAUUCGUUUACGGUGGGAAGCCUGUAUGGACUGUGGGACCUCUUCUUCCGCAGACCUUCUUCAAUGUUGAACAGCGGUCGCGAUCACAGGCGGACAUAGAGUGCAUGAGAUGGUUAGAUACACAGCCUCCGGCAUCCGUUCUCUACGUUUCAUUCGGCAGUAUAUCUUCUCUUUCGGCUGCACAGAUCCGAGAAUUGGCGGACGGAUUGGAACGCAGUGGGCAGCUUUUCUUGUGGGUGCUCAGGAUUUCUGAUGGUGCCCAUUUUUCGACAGAAUUGCAGUUCGAUUCGACGUGCAGGUUUCUGCAACAAGGGUACGAGAGCCGUUUAGAGGGACGGGGUUUUAUUGCGAGGAAUUGGGCGCCUCAGCUUGACAUCCUAUUUCACAAGUCGACGGGUGGGUUUUUAACGCACUGUGGAUGGAAUUCGACAGUGGAGAGCAUCAGCGCCGGAGUGGGCAUGCUGGCCUGGCCUCUACAUACCGAUCAGUUUGCCAAUUCGGCUUUAAUCACACGAGAGUUGAAGGCGGGCCUACAAGUGAAAGAAUGGCAAAACGCAGAGGAAAAUGAGAUUGUGAGUGCGGAGGAGGUUGAGAAAGCAGUGAAACGAUUGAUGAGGAGUGAGGAGGGAAUGCAAGUGAGAAAGAGGGCGCAGGAAUUGAAAGGCGAGGCUCGAAAAGCUGUUGGCGAUGGAGGGUCUUCGUGGAAGGAUGUGGAUUCGCUUCUUCAUCACUUCUCUCAAUCCUUUUCCGAUUAG